AGCAGAGCAGUGUUAAUAUAAAGCGUUUUGUUUGGAGAAGAGGGGCUGAGGGAGAGGGGAUGGAGGACAUUGAGGAUUUGCUGAUUGGAAGUGCAACUCCACCGGGCUUUCGUUUGCCAUUAGCAGCGGCUGUUGGCGUGGGGACAAAGCGGAAUCAACUCUCUUCUUCUUCGCUUUCGCCUUCACCUGCAAUCCCUGGCACUCAGACUAUCUUCAUAAAGACCUUUGGCUGCUCUCAUAACCAGAGUGACAGUGAAUAUAUGGCUGGUCAGCUUUCUGCUUUUGGCUAUUCAUUGAGCGAUGAUCCUGACCAUGCAGAUCUCUGGCUCAUCAACACUUGCACGGUCAAAUCCCCAAGUCAAUCUGCUAUGGAUACCAUCAUAUCAAAAGGAAAAUCUUCAAAUAAACCACUAGUUGUUGCUGGUUGUGUCCCUCAAGGAAGUCGGGAUUUGAAAGAGCUCGAAGGAAUCAGCAUAGUUGGAGUCCAGCAAAUCGAUCGUGUUGUUGAAAUUGUAGAGGAGACUUUAAAAGGUCAUGAAGUGCGUCUUUUGACCCGUAAGAAAUUGCCAGCACUUGACCUUCCAAAGGUAAGGAAGAACAAGUUUGUUGAGAUUCUUCCUAUUAAUGUUGGUUGUUUAGGUGCUUGCACUUAUUGCAAGACAAAGCAUGCUCGGGGUCACCUAGGAAGUUACACAAUUGAUAGCCUUGUUGGGCGUGUAAAAUCUGUCAUAUCUGAAGGGGUUAAAGAGAUAUGGCUUAGCAGUGAAGACACUGGAGCAUAUGGUCGUGACAUUGGUGUCAAUCUUCCAACAUUAUUGAAUGCCUUAGUAGCAGAACUACCAGCUGAUGCAAGCACAAUGUUGCGUAUUGGAAUGACUAAUCCACCAUAUAUACUUGAACACUUGAAGGAGAUUGCUGAGAUUUUGCGCCAUCCAUGUGUUUACUCUUUUCUGCAUGUACCGGUUCAAUCUGGAAGUGAUACCAUUUUGAGUGCAAUGAAUCGAGAAUAUACUGUGAGCGAGUUCAGGACUGUUGUAGAUACUCUAACUGAGCUUGUGCCAGAGAUGCAGAUUGCCACUGAUAUAAUAUGUGGAUUUCCUGGUGAAACUGAUGAAGAUUUUUUGCAAACUAUCAACCUUAUUAAAGAGUACAAGUUACCUCAAGUUCAUAUUUCACAAUUUUAUCCUCGACCAGGGACACCUGCUGCAAGGAUGAAAAAGGUUCCAAGUAAUGUGGUUAAGAGAAGAAGCCGUGAACUGACAAAUGUCUUUGAAUCCUUCACACCAUACUCUGGGAUGGAAGGCAAAGUGGAAAGAAUUUGGAUUACUGAUAUUGCAUCUGAUGGAGUUCACUUGGUUGGUCAUACAAAAGGAUAUAUACAAGUUCUUGUACUUGCUCCAGACAAUAUGCUGGGAACUUCAGCUAUGGUUAAGAUAACAUCCGUGGGAAGGUGGUCAGUUUUUGGGGAUGUAAUUGAGACAGUGAACCCUGUAAGUGACAAUAAAGCUCUAAACAAGCUGGUUCCUAAUCAGGAUUGCGGUAACUCAGCCAAGACUGGUGGAUUUUCAGAAGAGCCAGAAUAUUGUGCCUGUGGAAAUGACAUCUGUUGUGGUCAGGGUACUCUCGAAAAUAAUGAUAAUUCAAGAGGCAGUGCAGUGCCACAGAACCAAAGCAAAAGAAAUUUCAUUGGAUGGAUGCUGAGGAAGCGGGAGCAUCUGCACAAAACGGUUGAGAGUGAGCUUGCCUCGGGAUCUGUUAAAAAGCAAGAAGGAAUCAUGAGGAAGUGGGACUUCGUUGAUAAGGUUCUUUUGGGUGGAAUAUCUAUCAGCAUCUUGACGAUUAUGGCUCUAGUAGUAGCUGUUAUGUUUAGAGUUAUUUGGUCCCAAUAAAAGGUUUUAGUUUUUCCGAAUCAAUCUGUCGUUCCAAAAUUUUGACUUGUACAAAUUGCUCGGAUUUUAUGAAGUGUUUUCACAUGUAUCCGCAUCUUGCUUUAGGUUUUACGGCAGUUGUAUUGAUAUAUGAUAUGAUUCAUAGAAAACCCUUUUGGGGCAUGAUUUAUGAGAACGAACGAACUAGCUUGUUAUAGCUCA